UGGGAGCUGACUGACAUGGUGGUGUGGGUGACUGGAGCAUCAAGCGGAAUCGGCGAGGAGCUGGCUUACCAGUUGUCUAAACUAGGAGUUUCUCUUGUGCUGUCAGCCAGAAGAGUGGAUGAGCUGGAACGAGUGAAAAGAAGAUGCCUUGAGAAUGGCAAUUUAAAAGGAAAAGAUGUACUCGUUUUACCCCUUGACCUGAUGGACAGAAGUUCCCAUGAAGGGGCUACCAAAGCAGUUCUCCAGGAGUUUGGUAGAAUCGACAUUCUGAUCAACAAUGGUGGAAGAUCCCAGCGUUCUUUGUGUGUGGAUACCAGCAUGGAUGUCUACAAGGAGCUAAUGGAACUUAACUUCUUAGGAACAGUGUCCUUGACAAAGUGUGUUCUGCCUCACAUGAUUGAGAGGAAGCAAGGAAAGAUUGUUACUGUGAAUAGCCUCAUGGGUAUUAUAUCUGCACCCCUUGGCAGUGGAUACAGUGCUAGCAAACAUGCUCUUCAGGGUUUUUUUAAUGGCCUCCGAACUGAACUUGACACAUACCCAGGUAUAACAGUUUCUAACAUUUGCCCGGGACCCGUGCAAUCAGACAUUGUGAAGAAUUCCCUAACAGAGGAAGUUACAAAGACUGUAGGAAGUAAUGGAGACCAGUCCCAGAAGAUGGCAACCAGUCGCUGUGUGCGGCUGAUGUUAAUCAGCAUAGCCAAUGAUUUGAAAGAAGUUUGGAUUGCAGAUCAACCUUUUUUGUCAAUGCCAUAUUUGUGGCAAUAUAUGCCAACCUGGGCCUGGUGGAUAACUGGCAAGUUAGGGAAGAAAAGGAUUGAAAACUUCAAGAGUGGUCUGGAUGCAGAUGCCUCUUAUUUUAAAAUCUGGAAGAAAAAACCUGACUGAGACAAGCACUUGCACUUUUCAAGCCACUGGAGGGAGAAAUGGAAAACAUCAAUCCUAUGCAUGGAUCCAAUAAUUUGUGAUUUUACUUUUUAAUAGAUACAACUUUGCUUUCAACAUGUAAUGAAUGAAAAAUAAAAGACUGUCGUGAAUCUUUCAAAAAAGA